CGGCCGCCACUGCCAGUGCCGCGCCGUGCCUUCUCCAGUACACCCGUGCCUUACUACCACGCCAACAAAACCGCCUGUUGUUCAUUUUAUACACCUCAAAUAACUAGUGUUAAUUUACUGAUUUUUAUAUUCCAUUCGCAGAACUUAUACCGGUAACAUUUUUGUGAAACGUGAAUGUACCCGUCUCUCGGCCUCGAAAUUUCGCGCGCAAAGUUUUGUUUGUAAACAAACGAGACCGUUGUAAGAACGUGAGGCGAGGCGAGUGUGCCAUGUGUUGUGAGUGAGGAGGAUGGCCAGGUCACCGCGCCGGGGGACUCGCGCCAGCUCCCGCGGCGCCGCCAGGGACGCCCGGGAGGGCCGGGAGAUCGCGCGCCUUCGGACACAGCUAAACGGAAAAGGCUCGAUCCAGACCAAUGGUGAUUGGAUGACGAUCUCGGCCCGCUCUCCAGACAAGGAGCCUUCGCCACCUGAGCAGAUCAACCUUGCCGAGCCGCUGGUAGAGUCAGUGCGUAUCUACCUCGCCCAUGAGCUGCCGCCUAAGCAGCUAGCGCCGACAGGAGCGCCGCCCCCCUCCUGUCAUGCGGACAUAGGCAGCGACACAGCGCGUGAGGACAUCCGAGGGAUCAAUUUCGAGCCCCGGCUGCAGCGCAACGGCAAUGACUUGAACAACAACGCAUCGCGCCGCGCCAUGCCCAGCCAAGCCGAACUGAUGCAGCGCCAACCGCUGCUGGCGCGCGCCGUUAAACCGGACGCGCCGCAACCCGCCACCGACGAUUCCGACCCCGACCAGGAUCACUCGCCACAGCGCAUUCACGCCACAGAUUUCGUCGUCGAGAUUCCGCCGGGCGCCGUCCGCGAGGAACGUUACCCGAAGGAGAUAUGGAAAACGAUAAUCUCCUUCUUUUUCCUUUUUCUCUGUGUCUGCAUUAACAUGAUGUCAUUGUCUCUCGUCCACGAGCGGCUUCCCGAUAGAAAUACCACCGCACCCCUGGGGGACAUCAUCCUCGACAACAUAACCGCGAGGGAUUGGGGCCUGGCCGUGUCGGAGUAUCUUAUCAUGAUAUCGACGACGGUCGCGAUGAUGGUCGUCGUCUUCCACAAGCACCGGUUCAUCGUGGCGCGCCGGAUGUUCUUCAUAAUCGGUCUGCUGUACCUGUACCGCUCGGUCACCAUGUUCGUGACGGUCCUGCCGGUCUCCAGCACGACAUACUACUGCAGCCCUAAGAGUAACAACACAACGCCGCUGCUCGUAAUUAGAAGGAUGUUUUACCUCAUUUCCGGCUUCGGAUUAUCUAUCAACGGGAAGCACACGUACUGUGGGGAUUAUAUAUAUUCGGGGCACACAAUGGUACUAGUGUUGAGUUAUUUAAUAGUAGCAGAAUACUCGCCGAAAAAAUUGUGGCCCGUGCAUUGGGCCAUGUGGGGGUCGGCAAUACUGGGCGUUUCGUUUGUUCUGCUAGCACACGGUCACUACACUGUGGACGUAGUCAUCGCCUACUACGUCACGACGCGGCUGUUCUGGACGUUCCACUCGAUGCUGGUGACGCCGUACCGAAGCGGCGGCGGUUAUAACCAGUACAUGAUUCAACGCGAGUGGUGGUACUGGCUAUUCACGUACCUGGAGAGGAACGUCCGGGGCCCGGUGCCUCGCCGGUACGACUGGCCGCUGCCGUGGCCGCGCACCAAGCUCUUCAGCCGACUUAGCUAGUGACGCGCGCGCGCCGCGCCGCCGCCGGAGCGGGUAUGACCCUCACCUUCUGCGAAUGACGCUUGAGCACCUGCAGCUCCUUGGGGCUGGUGCGCGUGCAGAUCGCCAACGUGAGCGUGUAGUCGAACUG